AUGGCCUCAGCGUCGACCACAACGUCGGCGGGCCUGUCCCUGUCCCACCUCCUCGACCGUCCCGCCUGGAACCUACCCCAGUGGCAUGGACCGCACGCCGACGAGUUGAACGGAGUGGUGGACAAGCUCGGGGACCUUGACUUCUCUCUGGCACUGCUGCAACGGUACCGCAAUGCGCUGCGCCCCAUACACCGGCUAGCGCCCGACAUCCUCCUGCUCAUCUUCCAGGGCAUUGCGGAGGAAGAGGACGGGCCCCUCCACCCUUCAUAUGGCUCCGCACCAUGGGUCUACCUCGCCCACGUCUGUCACCGCUGGCGAGAGAUCGCGCUGACAUGUGCCGCGCUCUGGACACGUCUCAGCACGAAAUACCCGGACGCAGCGCUCGCAUGUCUCGAGCGGUCGGCAGACGCGUCGUUGUCCCUCAUAGUAUCUGCUUCAGCGACCACGGAGGCGGCCUCCCAGGUCAUCAAUGCUGCCCUACCGCAUGCUGCACGAAUACGCCACAUAUACCUGCCGUCGAUAUUCAUGGAGGAGGCAGACCUCCGUGAGCCGCUCGAGACCAUUCUACGGUCCCCCGCACCCGCGCUCGAGGCGCUGCACGUAUACAAAGUCGGCAUGGACGGCGACUGUUUCGCCCUCCCGACGAUGUUCGACCGUCACACGCCGCGACUGACUACUCUCAGAUUGGCGUAUGCAUACCCAGAACCAGGCAGCCUGACAUACACCAGCCUUAAACGGCUCUUCAUCAAAGGGAAGAAACGCAAACCAAUCUCCAUGGAGGUUUCGCAGCUGCUGGACAUCCUCGAGGCGUGCCCGGAGCUCGAGGAGCUCCGGACGUGCAAGGCGACGUUCACGUCCUCUGCCGCAGCAGACUCCCGUCCCCCGUUGCGGCUCGACAAUCUGCGGGUGCUCGACAUCUCGCGGUGCUCGGCGUCCGUGGUCGCGGACCUCUUCAGCCGGCUCGCGGUGCCCGACUGCGCGACGCGGUUCUCCGUCUCGCUCGAGCGCGCGGCGGACUUCACGUUCCGCUUCGGCCUGCCGGACAACCUGGAGGAGACGGGGCACCUGCCCGAGAUCACGCGCCUGCACAUCGAGUACACGAGCGCGAACGACGUCGUGGUGAUCCACGGCACGACGCGCACGAGCCCGUUCCAGAUCCUCGCAGCGAUCCCGCAGGACAGCGACAUCGGCGAGAUGCCGACGGUCGCGGGCCACCUGCUGCUGAGCAUCGUGCGCACGCUGGACCUGUCCCUCCUGGAGGAGUUCACGAUCUCGGAGACAUACUACCACCGCGCGCACCUGGGCUUCACGCGGCGGAGGUGGAUUGAGGUGUUUGAGCGGAUGCCGCUGCUGAAGGAGCUCCAUAUCCGGAUAGACAGCAUCAACGAUGCUGGAUUCUCGAGGGCCAUCCUUGCGGCGUUAGCGACACCGGGAGAGGUCACUGGGAGGCUACUAUGCCCGAAUUUGGAGGUUCUGACUAUGACCAACGACAAGACGUGGUCGACCCUGCAGUGCUACCUCCUCGCCCAGCAACGAGCUGAACAUGGCCAUCCAAUCAAGCGGUUGUCGAUGCGUCUGCCGUGUUACGAGAAUUUUGAGGAUAUCGAGGACACGGACAUACCGGCACUAAGGAAGAUCAUCGAGGUCGUCGACCUCGAUCCACCGCUGGUUAUGAGAGUCCCGUUCCCCGAGGUGUCCUGGUGA